GUCACGGUUGUGAGUUAUUGUGAAAUUGGUCAAAUUCUGUGCGAGACAAGGGAGGACACUUUAUGCAAUUUCCCUGGAAGAAGCCACCGACGAACCUUACAGAAACUUCUCGAUCUCUCUCCAUCGCUGCUACUUUCCAAAUUCUAUAUAUAAAUCUUCUCCAUCUCUAUACAUUCUAACGCAAUUCAAAUCUCUUGAAUUCAUUUGGCUUCUAUUCUAUCAAACACUAUGGCCGACGACACUGCAGUCACUGUUUAUGGAAGCAACGCCAUAUCUGAUCCCAACAAGAAGAACAAGAAUGCCUUCUCAGUUAAGGUCGGAUUAGCUCAAAUGCUCCGUGGCGGAGCGAUUGUCCAAGUCACAAACGUUGACCAAGCCAAGAUCGCUGAAUCCGCCGGAGCUUGUUGUGUCAUUGUGGCAGAGCAGUCAGAAUCCGGAGGAAUUUCACGGAUGCUCGAUCCGGCCGUUAUUAAACAAAUCCAACGGGCUGUCGGAGUUCCGGUUAUGGCGAAAGCGCGGGUGGGGCAUUUCGUUGAAGCGCAGAUACUCGAAGCUGUCGGCGUUGAUUACAUAGAUGAGAACGAGGUUAUCGCGAUAGCUGAUGAAGAUAACUACAUCAACAAACAUAACUUCCGGAUUCCGUUUGUGUGUGGAUGUCGGAAUUUGGGAGAGGGGUUAAGGAGGGUGAGAGAAGGUGCGGCGAUGAUCAGAACUCAAGGAGAUCUAUCUGGAUCAGGCAACAUUGUUGAAACUGUUCGAAACGUGAGAGAAGUGAUGGGUAAAAUUAGGGUUUUAACAAACAUGGAUGAAGAUGAAGUAUUCACAUUCGCGAAAGAAUUGGGCGCACCUUACGACAUCUUGGCGCAAACAAAGCAAAUGGGUAGGCUUCCGGUGGUUCACUUUGCUGCCGGAGGUAUUACAACACCUGCAGACGCAGCCCUAAUGAUGCAACUAGGAUGCGAUGGUGUGUUUGUGGGAUCUGAAGUGUUCGAUUGUUCUGAUCCUUACAAGAGCGUUAGGGCAAUCGUGCAAGCUGUUAGAAACUACAAUGACGCUCAUAUAUUAGCCAAGGUAAGCUCUGGGUUGAAUGAUUCCAUAGCAACCACUUCUGAUGCAAUGACAGGUUUGAAUCUUGAUGACAACACUGGAGGUAGCUACUAAAUCCUUGAAUGAUUACAAUUACUUGUUCACUUUUAUUUUGAUAAAAAGGGAGAAAGAUGUUAAAAUCUGUAGACUGAAAAAUGGUGAAUUGAUAUGUACAAUCUUUGUUUGAUGAGAAUAGAAAUAAGAAAUAUGAAUAAUCCUUGGUGAA